AUGGUUGAUAUGGAUUGGAAGAGGAAGAUGGUAUCAUCAGAUUUACCAACUAACUCACCAAAGCUUUCUUCCAAGCUUCACGUUACUAUACCAUCUCCGUUCAAAAUCCCUGUUUCGUCUCCGAUAUCUUGUUCCGCACCGGCGCUUUGCUCCGCUUACGAGCUUUACCUCCGUCUCCCGGAGCUUCGAAAGCUCUGUUCAUCUCGUGAUUUUCCUCUUUGGACGAAUGAACCGAUUCUCAAACCGGCUCUUCAAGCUUUAGAGAUCAGUUUCCGUUUGAUUUUAUCCGUUUGUUCCGAUACCAGACCGUACAUCAACCACCGUGAAUGGAACCGGAGGCUAGAUUCGCUCGUCACGAAUCAGAUCCAGAUUCUAGCAGCGAUCUGCGAAGAGGAGGAAGAAGGUGAAUCGGCGGUUCCGGUCAGCGAUGGUCGGAGUUCUCUUAGCUUGCUUCCGCAGUUAGCUACGUGGAGGAAAUCGGAAUCGAUUGGGAAGAAGAUCUUAUGUACAAUCGAUAACGAGAUGCGUCGGUGUAAGUACACGCUGGGUCUCGGUGAACAGAACAUCGCCGGAAAACCAAAUCUCCGGUACGAUUCGAUUUGCCGACCUAACGAGAUUCAUAGCCUCAAGGAUAAUCCAUACGCAGAUCAUAUCGAUAAUCAAGAGAAUCAAACUCUCUAUAUCCUUCACCAGAUCCUCGAAUCGUGGAUCUAUGUAUCUGGUAAUCUCUUGAAUCGAAUCGUUUCGAGUAUCGAAGAAGGGAAAUUCGGUAAAGCGUCGAGCGAUGUGUACUUACUCGAACGGAUCUGGAAACUUUUAACGGAGAUUGAAGAUCUUCAUAUUCUAAUGGAUCCAGAAGAUUUUCUCAAAUUGAAGAAGCAAUUACAGAUCAAAUCAACUGGGAAAAACGACGCGUUUUGUUUCAGAUCUAAAGGAUUGGUGGAGAUGAUGAAGAAAUCGAAGGAUCUGAGGCAGAAAGUACCGGCGGUGUUGGAGGUUGAGGUAGAUCCAACCGGAGGACCGAGAUUGCAGGAGGCGGCGAUGAAGCUUUACGCGAACAAGAGAGAAUGCGAUAAGAUCCAUUUGCUUCAAGGGAUGCAAGCGGUUGAAUCGGCGGCGAAGAGUUUCUUCUUCUCGUAUAAGCAGUUAGUGGCGGCGAUGAUGGGAAGUGCAGAGACGAACGCGACGGCGAGUCAAGAGGCUUGUGACUCACUGAGUCAGAUAUUCAUGGAGCCGACGUAUUUCCCGAGUCUUGACGCGGCAAAGACGUUUCUAGGAGAAUUCUGGAGCCAUUUGGGAUGA